UUCUUAACUUCGAUUACAAAAGUUAAAAAUAAAGUUUGAGGCAUUAUAAUCUGUGAACACACAACAUAAAUUCGUAAUCCCAGAAGUUUCCCGUCAACGUUUUAGCUUCUGGUUUUCCUUCAUCUUUCAUAGCAGGCGGGUUAUUCAGUUUUUAAAGGGGGAAAAGGAAAGGCUAGGUUGAUUGAUGAUCACUAUGGAUUUAGAAGGUAUAACCUGGGUGGGGCAUGUAUAUCAGGAAUUUGAAUCCAUGUGCCUUGAGGCGGAAGAAGUUAUGUACAAGGACACAGUUAAAUAUGUGGAGGAUCAGGUGCAGACUGUCGGUGCUAGUGUUAAAAAGUUCUACGCUGAUGUGAUGCAAGACAUGGUGCAGGAUUUGCUUCUUCCAUCUUCAUUGGAGCCUAAGGAAGCAGUUGCGGCAUCUAAUACGCCAGUUGAGAAAAAUUCUGUGACAUUAAAAAAGCCUAAUGUAGGUUUAAAGGAGGCUGCUAUAAUGAGUAAAGGUGAGCGGGUAACUGAAAAUCCAGAAGUAAUUGCUGAUGUUAAUGUAAAUGUUGCCAAUGUACCUUCCUUCAGCCGGCUUCACAUGGAUGAUAACAUAUUUGAAUCAUGCCAUGGAAGAUUUGUGGAAAGAGCAUCCUCUGAUGUGCUUUCUGGGGAGAAUAGCAACAAUGCACAUGAUAAGCCAAAUAUUGAGAAUUUACCUCUAGCUAGGACCUCCGAAUUAACUUCUGUGGAGAAUGAGUUCAGCAUAAUGCCAUCAUUUUCUGGAAAUGCUAAUGCAAAUCAUGAAGUUUUAAGUCAUCAGUCACCCACAACAUUUUCCCGGAUUUUGGUUAAAGAAUAUGGUUGUGAUUCUGUAGAAGAAGGUUGCAAUGAAAUUAGAAGUGCAAGUGAAUCUGCACCUGAAAUUCUAAAUGAUGAUUUACAGUUGGGUGAGUCCGUUGCGGAUAAAGAAAUGGAGAUAAGAUUGUCAUCCUAUGUUACUGGAUCAGCAGAAUCAAAUGGACAAUCGAAUAACUGGACCAUGGAUACAGCAGGUGUCACAAGGACUACUACUGCCUGUAGAAAGCAAACUGGAACUGUUCAAGCGUUAGGCGACACACCGGUUGAUGAAAGUUGCAUCAUGGUGAAUGGAGCUGGACUACAUUUUCAUCGCCGGAAGGAUGGUAAACACAAGCCUUACCAGAAAAAGAUUCGUGAUGCUAUUUCGUCAAGAAUGAGGUCAGCAAGGAAAAAGGAAUACCAACAACUUGCACUAUGGUAUGGAGAUGAUGUAGAAUCUGAUAAAGACUGCAAGAGUUACUCAUUAUCAUCGGGAUCACCAACUCCCGAUAUCUUGGAUUCUGAGUGUCAAAUGCCAUAUCUAUGUACAUAAUUAAAUUAACCAUCCUGCGCCUGUUAAAAGGAAAUGAGCAAUGCCGAACUUGCUUUGGUAAUUGUGCUUGCUUUACACUUGAUUUAUGUGUCAUAGCUACCUAACCAAUCUCUACAAAUGAACCACCGAUAACACUCCCUCUCAAGUUCUCAAGUUGAAGGGUGAUAGAUGUCACUCACUCCCAACUUGGAUUACAAAUCUGCCAGCUCCUCUUGUCAAAACAUGUUGAAUCCAGACGAUU